AUGUCUUCCAUCAACUCCAGUGAUAUUCCAGGCCUCAAAGAGCUCCCAAACGCCCCCAGAGUCACAUUAGCAUCAAAUGUUACCCUGCAGCCUCCACUUUCCCGCCGGGGGCAUGGUCCAGGCCUCAUUGUGAUAGACCCCGGCUACGAUUUGCCGUAUAUUCCCUCGGCAGAGCUUCCAUCGACUACCCUUGAUCCCGUUCCGCAAUACAAAUGGGCCGAGGAGGGAUAUGCCGUUUUGCGCAUUGCCAUGUGGAAGACCGCCGAGCCCGGAAACUGGUCACUAGAAGCUGGAUUCCUCGAUAAAGCUAUUGACAGCCUCAAGAGUUUAGAACAAUGUGACGUGAAAGAUAAAUUUGGCAUACUCCUGUACGGGACACCCGAAGAAUAUGCGCCAUCGUUUCCGGGACAGCUUGCGAAGGCUGUGGCAAAUUGCGAUAACAUCGUGGCUGUUGUCUCUUUCUCUUCUGCAUUUGAUUUCGCUUCCGCCUCCAAGCCUCAGUUGGUUCAUCUCGCGGGCAAAACAGUGCCCGCAGAGAAAGAGGGACUGACGAUUUAUACGUACCCCGAGGUCGGGACUGAUUUCAUUAUGCCCCAUAGCCCUGGGUUUGCCUAUUCUCCUGCAGCGGUGUCUCAUACUCGGAGCUUGACAUUCAUCAAGAAGCAUAUCGGUGGUCCCAUAUUUGACUUGGAGAAAAUAUGGGACGAGCACACAUAUUGGGAAUUUGAGAAUCGGUCUGUCGAGAAGACAAUGGCUACUAUGGUGCGAGAGCCGUAUGUAAAUCACAUUCCUACGAUGACCGGAGGUAUUGGACGAAAGCGACUAACCGAUUUCUAUCGCCAUCACUUCAUCUUCAGUAACCCCGAUAGCAUCAAAAUGAACUUAGUCAGUCGAACGCUUGGCGUCGACCGCAUUGUGGACGAAUUUAUAUUCAUGUUCAACCAUGAUAAAGAGAUCGAUUGGCUUCUUCCCGGAAUCCCACCGACCCAUCUUCCGCUCCGCAUUCCUUUCUAUGCCGUGGUGAAUAUCCGUGGAGACAGACUGUAUCAUGAACACAUUAGUUGGGACCAAUCUACAGCACUGCGUCAGCUUGGCUUACUACCUGAAUACUUGUCUUUUCCUCAUGCUGUUCGUGGAAUGGAAGGCAAGAUACUGCAGUAUAAGCUACCAGUCGCAGGAGUUGAGACGGCUGAGAAGCUCGAGGAUCAGCGCAAAGUGGACAGCAAUACUUUGUUCAUGCCCAAUGGGAGUGGGAUUCGUGAAUAUCAAGGUUGUGACGGGUUAUAG